AUGGCAAACCGCACAGUGAAGGAAGCACAUACAGUCAAAGGGACAAAUCCACAGUUUCUUGUUGAAAAAAUCAUACGCCAACGAAUCUACGACAGUAAAUAUUGGAAGGAAAGCUGUUUCGCACUUAGCGCUGAUCUUAUUGUGGACAGAGCGCUUGAUCUUCGGUAUAUCGGUGGAAUCUAUGCAGGGAACGUAAAACCCACACCGUUUCUUUGUCUUGCCCUGAAAAUGCUACAGAUUCAACCCGAAAAGGACAUUAUUAUUGAGUUCAUACAACAAGAACAAAGCAAAUAUGCACGAGCACUAGGCGCUAUGUAUCUUCGACUUACAUUCACGUCUGUGGAGAUCUACAAAUAUCUCGAGCCGUUGUUCAACGAUUAUCGAAAGCUUCGAUAUAUGAACAAGCUAGGA